AUGGGUACCGAAUACCGUUUUGAACAUACGCUCCAAGAAUCCGGUGGGAACGAGGGAAUGCUAUGCCAACGAGUCGAAAAGAAAUUCCGGCCAAGGCGAGCCAAAUGGGCUUGUUAUGCCUGCCACAAACGAAAAGUGCGUUGUGAUGCACUAAACCAAGGCACAUCUUGCACCAAUUGCAGACAUAAUAUGAAGGAAUGCGUUCCUCCGCCGCAAAGGAGAAAAAGGACAACAGCCCCGACUCCAUAUACUCCUGGCGAAGUUAGGGCAGAUAAAACGCCACGAUCACCACAAUCACCACAUGUAUCACAACAUCCCACAAUACCAGACACUAAGUGCAAUGACGUCCAGUCAAAUACCGCCGAUGCAUCACCACGGAAAAGGAAAAGCGAGCCUCAAAGCUUGGCGUUUCCAUGUACCAGUCUGCAGAAAGGACGUGCUGGUGAAGGCUCCUUACACAGUGUGGACAAUGAAGUCGGGCUAUGGAUGGAAAUGUUACCUCCAAACCCUUCAGAACAGCUCGAGCUACGUUCUACGAAAGACAUUUCGAGCCCCCAUCGAGAUACCAUUGACGGACUCAACCCGGAACAGUUUCAUCACAGAUGCUCGGAAAAGUUGCUCCAGGCUGUAGACAUCCUGACUGAAGUCAUUCUCAUGCACAAUUCACUUUCAACACACACUGAGUCAUCCGUUCUUACCACCCAUCCAGCAGCUGAGACUCAUUCCGUCGCCGAAAAUCAAGUAGAGGGUGAUGCACCAAAUAAAGAGAACGUGGAAUACUCAUCUGUCUUUCAUCAGCUUGGGGAGAAUAUAUGGGAUACCGAGAACACAUUGGAUGGAAUUUCGGUUUUGACCCCCGAGUCCCUCGAAUUCGUGGCUGCAUCGAAUUACAAUAUUUGGUUGGAAUUGAAUGACUUUGACCUCGAAGCUCCUUCAUCGCUGGGUUCAUAUGAUGCCGAAUAA